UGUUUAUUAGUAAUCAUGUCAUUCUCAUUUCUUCACAUAUUCAACAUUCUUCACCUUGGAUUCUACUAUUAUAGCACACAUUUUUGGGGUCCAGUUGCUAACUGGGGUUUGCCAUUAGCUGCAAUAGCAGAUCUCAAGAAGAAUCCUGAAAUUAUAAGUGGAAAGAUGACCCUAGCUCUGUCCAUUUACUCUUGCUUGUUCAUGCGUUUUGCUUGGAAGGUUAUACCACGUAAUCUACUUCUGCUGUCUUGCCACAUGACAAACGAAGUAGCGCAGUUAACUCAGGGAGCCAGGUUUAUAAAUUAUCAUCAUCUGAUGUCUGAUGAGCAGAGAGAGCAAUAUCGUGCCACUUUUAUAGCAGAAGAGUUGAGCAAGAAGGCUCAAACAAGCUUGACAUCCAAGACUUCCCUACACCCACCUCCUUACACCGAGGCUGAGAUCCUUGAGGAGAUUGAAGAACAAGAAAAGUAUCUCCGAAUGAUGCAAGAUGCUGCGAAUGUAAAGAAAUAAUUUCGACUUUUUUCACUAGCAUUAAUCAGGUUGUAGAUGUACAUGGCCUGUGCCAUAAUUGGAGUUGGCCAGUUAUCAUGGUGGUCAAAUUAGAUUUCCUGAAGUAUAGGACAUUUAUCACAAGUGUUGCCUUGAUUAUGAUGUAUUGAUUUUUUAAAAAUACGUUUGAAAUACUUUAUAUUAUAUUUUGUUUUCACAAUGUUGCCAUUCUGUUUUUUUUACAAAUAUUUAUCACAUUUCUUGUAUAGAUUGAAAGUUGUGACCUUAUUUAUUUUUCCCUAAAAUAGUUUAUAACUUAUUAAUUGUUGACAAAUUCUAAUGACUUCAGAUUGCUGUUGAGAGUAAAAUCAAAGGUUAACUUUAACUCAUAUUUGAAAUUUGUUUCCACUAGUAUAAUUAAUAUGUUUUAGCAAAAAAUGUUGAAGUUUAAAUUAUUAGUUAAAAAAAAUGUUUUAGAAAUAAAUUUCUAUAAUUAUUUUGAAAACUUUUUUUGCAAUAGCUUUAUGUUUAUAUUGAAACAGUCCUUAAAAUGACCAUUGUUAGGUUUGCUGUGUCCAAAUAAAUAUAUGUAUAUAUAUAUAUAUAAAUAUAAUUUAUUCAUAGAAUUAUUUUUCGUGGUGUGAUUUAGUUUUUUAUGCAGCUUUUGGCCAAUAUUAUUUUCAUUUAUGGUUGUUGUCGUCAACUUUGCUAGGAACUAUUUCUUUCCCUUGUCAGCCCAUCGUCUGUGUCUAGAGCUGACAUUUAAAUGAACACUUAAGUUUUGUUGAAAUUAUCUUUUUUAGUAGUAGACGAAGUUCCAUGCUCAAAUAUUUUGUUUGUUAACUUCAUACAAAAUUCACUUGUAUUGGGUUUCAAACAUCUGUGAUGUAUUUAGUCAGGUUAAACCAAGGUUUGAAUUUUGAACGUUGUCAUGAAAUACAAGAAUUAGUUUCUUAAGAGUGUGCUACUGUUUCUAGCAGCCAACAUAAUUCUCAUACUUUUGUGCCAGAGAAAUGACUUUAAUCAACAAUUGCAAUACCCUAGAAAUGUGAAUGUUUACUACACGCUGUGUCCCAUCUUUGUCUCCAGCUCGUAAAUGUCCAUGAUACUUAACUCUUUCUCUCCUAACUGACGAUUCCUACGUUGAUUCCACCAGAAUGUGGUGAAUAAUUACGAAGAGAAAGAGUUAAAGUAGUUUUAUGACCUUGGUCAUGCAAAUAGUCUAUCUGCAGUGUGGAAUGUUUAAAAAAAAAAAAAGAAAAUUUGACUGUGCAGCACAUUGUGUUUUUGCCACCCAAUUACUGAACUUACUGGCUGUCAACCAAUAUGUGUGUAUAUACAAGCGUGGUGCAAUGAUAGUUACGUGUAGAAAGUUAAUUGGGUUAUGUUAGCACUUAGUAUGAUACUAACCUACUCCAGACAUUUUUCUUUUGUACAAUGCACAAUAACUUUUUGCUAGUCUUCUGUAAAAAAUUCCUUAUAUUUUUUUUUUUCAAAUUAUAACAGACCAAUUCAGUAACUUUGCUGUAAUUGAAUUGUUGCUUGAGAGUUGUUUCUGUGUUUUUGUCACUGCACUCUAUAAUACUCUGUGUAUAAUUAAAUUGAAAUCAAAGAACUGUU